ACCUCAUCUCAAGUUUCCAACUCGUGUCUCUUCCUUCAUCCUUGUUUAUUUUUCUCUGUUCUGCUGAGAAUAGUAAUGGGAGGUGGAGAAAGUUGGAGAACCACCACGGCUCUGAUACCUCCAAUGGCAGCUCCACUAAAUCAAAAUACAGAGAAAGAAGAUGAGCAAUGGAGUAGCAAUUUCAGCAACUCUGUCAAUGCUGUGUACAUGGGUUUUGUUGCUACUGCCAUCCUCAUAUCAAUGUUUAUUGUUAUGGCGAUUUUCGAGAGAUUCUUCAGGAGGCCCAGAACAACAUCACAGCUCAGUCAUACUUCUCGGACACAUUUCGUCUACGAUAACAAUCCCAAGCUUGAUCACAACUCUUCUAAAAUUACAAAUUAUGCUAGAGAAGUAUCUGUAGUGAUGCCCGGAGAAGAAACUCCUACCUUCAUUGCACACCCUGCUCCAGCACCAUGUCCUCGCGAGCACGUCACUUGGCCUCUCCACUCCAUCGACGCAGGCCAUGCUUCAACUUCUACCCCCCACUCCUCAAGCUAAAUUCCUAAGCCAAAUCCAGACAUGAAUGUGACUGCAAAAUCCAAGUUUUUUUUUUUUUUUACAUCAUACUUGGGUCAGUUGACAACUUUUGAACAUAGGAAAGCCAGUAGUAGGCAAGAGUCGAGUGAUAUGUACAUUCCACAGUUGUCUACUUAUGUAUAGUUAGGUCGAUGUGAACUGAUGAUGUUUUAAGAGGAUCCAAAUUCACAUCCACUGAGUUUUAUAUGAAUGAAUCCCUGUCCCAUGAAA